AUGACGCGUAUCAGCUGUUUCUUUGUCGCUGCAGCUAUCAGCCUCCUCGUCGGCCAAUCUUCCUCACUUGUUACGGGCGACUUGGUGCCCAGCGUCGUCACUACCUUGGAGCCGGUCCCACUAGUCGAAGGUUUGGUCAAUCACUUGCUAGCUGGAAACUCAGAACCGGACAAAGAGGAUACCGGCUUGGACUCAAUAGUCAUCCCCGGCAAGCGCAAGCGAGACUUGAACAGAAUCAAUAGCUCCCUCCAACGCCGACAGAGGGCAUUUUUACUUGGUAUUCUGGGCGAACUCAGUGGAUCAAGUACUCCAACUACUACGGCUACGCCUACGCAGGUUUCCGCUAAACCUGCCCGCCACAAGCAAGCGAUCCCCGGCACUGACACGGCUUCCGCCGUGCUCUCGCAGCUUCAAUCGUCCAAAACUACCGAUGCUAGUGCACCGGCUGCUGUCGCCAGUUCCGUGGCUGUUACUCCCCGCCCUGCAUCUUCCACUGUGGUUGCCAAGCCGGCUCCGUCAACCUCUGCUGUGGAGAUACCUCAGUAUCCGCUGGAUGAUAGCACUGUCGAAUCUCAUGCUAUUGCAGAGGAUGCUUCGCCCCCCAUCCACGUUCUCCCAUCGUUUUUGUCCAGCAGCAUGCCUGGUGUCAGCACCCUUCCAGCAAAGAAUACAUCAUCUUCAGCGACGAAAGCUUCGCGCGCCAAGCGCCACGUGCCCACCACUGUUAUCACUGAACUCGCACCAAUCCCACCAUCGAUUCAAUCCACACUAUCAUCUAGACCACACCGUCAAUCCCAUCCGCACCAUAAAACCCAUUCAAAACCCCAUCCACGCCAAUAA